UUAUAAUUGCACUAAGCCUGAGCCAGAGGCAUAUCAAAAUCGAACCAAGGCAGCUUCACCCGACAAAAAUGGGCGGCGCCGCCCCAAGGUUCCUUUUCCUCCUCACCACUCCCCUCCCUCCCCUCCUCCGCCGCAACCUCCGCCUCUUCUCUUCCUCUCUCUCCUCCCAUUUCCACCACCGCCUCUCUUCCUCUUCCUCUUUCUCACCCUCUUCUCCUUCUCUCACUCCCAAACUCAAACCCAAAGCUUCCCAGCACCAACAACAACAAAGCCACCUUCACACCCAACCUCCCUCCUCCCUCACCACCCACCCAUGGCCCGAAUGCUCCAGAUUUCUCUCCCACAUCUCCUCCGUCGGCUACGCUACCACCGCUCCCGAAACCGGCUUCCCGGCGACCGGGGAGUUGUCGCAGCGCGAGGUCAGUGCCUGCUUGGCGUUCGCCCGCGACCGACCGAACCUUCUCCGGUUGCUUUCGAUGAGAGAUAUUGCGGUUGUGGUUGAACAUGGCACUCCCUUUCUGUUUCCAGAUGCUGAGGAUUCCAUGAGGAAGAUGAAGUCUCUUGUUCAAUAUGGUGACUCCACUGUGUUGGAUACUGAUAGGCCAAAUAUGGUUGACCUAAUGAAAUUUCUGCUGAGUUAUGCAAGUAACCCAUCGGCCACUUCAGAAAGUAACAGUCUCUAUAACAGGGAUCUUGUUGAAUCAUCUGUCAGAAAUCUGUUUGGUGAACUUUUCAAGCUGAGUUACAAUGCACCUGGACCUAACUCUUUUGAUUCAGUGCAAAAUCAAAUGCCUGGUAGAUUUGAACGGGCAAUGCCUCCUGGUCAAAGAAUUGAAAUGAAAAGGGGUGAUUGGAUUUGCCCAAGGUGUAAUUUCAUGAAUUUUGCAAGAAAUACUAAAUGUCUUGAUUGUGAGGAAGCUAGACCAAAAAGACAACUAACUGGAGGAGAAUGGGAAUGUCCUCAGUGUGAUUUCUGUAACUACGGGAGGAACGUGACUUGCUUAAGGUGUGACUGCAAGCGGCCUGGCCAAAUAUCGUUGGGUGCCACCAAUCCCGUAUCACAUGUGGGGUAUGGAAAUGGAAACAAUUCUGAUAUGUCAGAUGUUGAUGCUAGGUUAGCUGCUAAUGAAGAGAAGGCGCAGCGUUGGUUUAACAAGGUUUCUCAACUAGACAGUAAUGCUGAUAUUAACAGUGUGAUGGCAGAUGAGGAUUUUCCGGAAAUAAUGCCGUUAAGGAAAGGAGUUAACAGAUUUGUUGUGAGCACAAGGAAAACUCCAUUGGAGAGGAGGUUGGGCAAUGCUCAAUACAAGAGUAACUUGGGAGAUAAUGACAUUCCCGGGGUUGAGGAUUUUAAAGCUGGCCUUCCCCAAUCCGACAAGAAAAACAUUGGUGCAGAACAAGAUACCAGUAGAUACGGCCCACCUUCAAUUGCUAGCAAUGCUUCAAAUUUCAAAGAUGUGAAAGGGAGCAACAGUAGUUCCAUGCCUCCCUUUCCAUUUUCUUCAGAUGCGCUUCCCCAAAAGUCUGAGAACUUGCGAGCAGAGGAUAGAAAAACCGCGCCAUUGGGCGCCAAUGUUGGAUAUGUCAGUCCUGGUGGUGACAAUCCACACUUUUCUAAUAACACUACAAGUGAAAAUGUGGAAAAGGAGAAAGAGCAAGCUGAAAAAUCUGAGAGGUGGUUUAGAAAGGUUGUGGAGCUGCAUGAUGCUUCAGAUAUGACAAGUGCGGUAUCUGAUGAGGAUUUCCCUGACAUAAUGCCUAUGCGUAAAGGAGAAAAUCGAUUUGUUGUUAGCAAGAAAAAAGACCGCUCCUUGACAUCACCGGCAUACAAGAGACGUUUGGCCGUGGAGCAAUCUGGAAACACCAACUUUGUCCCCUUUGUCCCUUUCCCCCCAGAUUACUUUGCCAAGAAGGACAAGCAACAACAGGAAGAUGGAACAGAAUCAACAGUUAGGUCCAGUGUUGAAUCAUCUUCAAUAUCGGAUGAUGCUAGUGCUAGAUCUGGACAGAGUCCAAAACCUUCUGAACAGGGCUCAAAUAACAACAACCAAGUUGGUUCUAUUCAUGGGGAAACUAGCAGUAGAUAUUCAAGCCAGAGUUUCAAUCAUGUGCCAAAUUUCUCUGGGAGUUCAUCCCCAGGCUCAGCAUCUGAGAACCAGAAGCCAAAUUUGAGAGUGAGUUCAUCUGCAGGCUCACUGUCUGAUAACCAGAAUGUCAGAGCAGGAUGGACAGGAAAGAGCUUGGAGGGGUCGGCCGUGAAGCCAAAUUUGAGAGGGAGUUCAUCUGCAGGCUCAGUGUCUGAUAACCAGAAUGUCAGAGCAGAAUGGACAGGAAAGAGCUUGGAGGGGUCGGCCGUGAAGGAACCGGAUCCUUUGGACAUGUCAGAGGAGGCAAAGGCGGAGAGGUGGUUCCGUCGUGUCUCGCAGAUUAAGGAUAUAUCUGAGCUCAGUCAGAUUCCAGAUGAAGAUUUUCCUUCAAUAAUGCCUAUGCGGAAAGGGGUGAAUAGAUUUGUUGUGAGCAAGAGGAAAACACCAUUGGAAAGAAGGUUGACAUCUCAGCAGUACAAAAGAAAUCUUCCAAUUGUGAACUCGGAUCCGGUUAAAAGAGAAAAUGAAGGUAGCUAAAGAGUGGUGUUAUCAUUGUCCAUUUGAUUUAACUUUCACUGUGAUGUUAAAAGAUUAUUAGCAAAUAUAGAAAAGGAAAAUGAAGAUGAUGGAAAGCUUCUAUUGUCAUCUCACAUCUGCAAGAGAAUUUUGAUAUAAAUAUUGCUAUGUUGAGGUGAUCUUCCUUUA